GCGCUACGCUCCGUCAGUCGUGUACGAGCCAUUGUGUAAAGUAGACUUGUUCGCCCGCUCUGUAAACGUCGGUCGUAACAUAAACCCGCGCGCUCGAACCCUCUUACAGAAUUUCAUAUAUUUUUAAUUACGUGCAUAUAUGCAUGUAUAUAUAUUGUGAAUAUUGAUUUAUAAUUUGGAAUUCCAAUUUUAAGAUGUCGCGUGUGCAGCAAAACGAUCUACUACUUCACGAGGCCGUCAUCAAAAAUGAACCAGCCGCUGUCAUAGAAGCAUUGCAGAGGCCAACAGACGUCAACUGCAGGAAUAAUUAUGGCAGAGCACCGAUCCAUUGGGCCGCAAGCAGAGGAAACGUCGACAUAAUGAAAUUACUCAUUGAAGCGAAAUGCGAUAUUGAAGCAGCUGAUAAGUUCGGAAUGCGCCCAUUGCUAAUGGCAGCGUGGCAUGGUCAUCUCGAAGCUGUAAAAACCCUCGUUGCUGCAGGUGCCUGUCUUGCAGCUACUAAUAAGAAACACAACGACCUCCUACAAUGCGCUUGCUCCCGGGGAUCGCUGGACGUCGCGGCGUAUGCGCUGUCUCUAGGCUCCAACGUACAGGGUUGCGACGCGGCUGGCGAUGCACCUUUGGCGUUAGCAUCUCGCGCUGGUCAUGCCGCCCUGGUAGAACUGCUCUUGGAGAAGGGAGCGUACAUCGAUGCUAUCAACAAGGUCGGACGGACAGCCCUACAUGUUGCGUGCGAAGGUGGCCACUGCACAACUGCUGCUCUCCUAAUAGACAAGGGGGCAUCGAGAGAAGCCAGAGACAACUCGGGCCGAACUCCGCUUCACUUGGCAGCUGUACACCGACAUACAGAGCUAGUGAGGGUGCUGCUAGAAUCGCAGUGCCACGUCGACGCGACUGAUAAUAAUGGCGUAACCGCUUUGCAAAUGGCGUGCGCCCAGGGUUGUCACGGCAUCGUGGAACAUCUUCUCGAGUUCGGAGCCAACGUACACUUACAAAACAAUGUUGGCUCGUCAGCGCUGCACGCCGCGUGCGCUGCUGAUGCCACACAAAUUGUGGAACUGCUCCUGGCUCGGGGCGCUGACCCCACCGUCACUGAUCAGUGGUCACAGUCCCCAGUGAGCGUAGCGGGCGGUGCUGCUGAAUCUCCACCCGAGGGUUUCAGGCGAGCUGCCAGAGGCUCCUUCUCUGCUAUCUUGGAUCUACUCACCGCCACUGCAAACUUGGACCAGCGUCAGGACCAUUCAGAUGGGUCGACGACCCCUCGCAACGAGGACAAAUCCGGAGGACACUCGCCUGCUGCUAACGAAGGCGCUGAACACGACAGCGAGCGGUGAUGGUCAGCUACGACAUUACUAGACCGACUGGCACAGCGCGGAUUUGCGGCGGACACUCGUCUGGCGCUGCCUCCUACAGGCUGCGCGCGCUACCGGGAGCUGUGCUACCGCGCGGCGCACGCGCAGCUGCCGGCAGAGGGCGCGGCGCGCGCCUGCGCGUGCGCCAACUGCGCCGCGCGCCGCCCCUCCACCACGGAGCCAUGAGACACGUUCCAAGUUCGUCCCACCACCUCUCUCACGCGACCGAUACCCGCCGUGCCCUGUCUGUGGACUCGACGAACGAACUAGCAUUUAUUUGUUAACUGUCACGUGCAAUAAGUAAACAUUUUAGACGCAGUCAGCUUCCUAGACAUCAAAGCGUCAUCUGGCAUGUCGGAUUACUCUUUCUCUUUACAAAUAAGUUGCUUUAAUUACUGUAUUUUACAACUGUGUUUAAAUUAUAAUAAAAUUAGAAAUUAAAUAAUUUGAAUUAUAAAAGGGAAUAAAUAUUUUUGGGUAUACCUAUCACACAGCGCCAUCUACAUCCAAACUAAGUACAGUUUAUAGUACAACUACUACUAUGCACGUGGGAGAGUCGCCCUCUAGUAUCUAGAGGUAUAUUUAAAUAAAAAACCCAAGAGGGAAACUGACUAUAUCAAAUGUUUAUUAUUUGUAGCGUGAUUGUACUUACUGCUCAAUAAAGCUUUACUAAUUUUAUUAUCUUUGCAAAACAAACCUUGUUGACAAAAACCCUUGAAUUAUCUAAUAGAAGCAACUAUGUAUUUCAUUAUCGUUUGUCAAUGAAAUAGGGUACAUAAUAUUACAUAUGAGCAUUUUAAUCUUUUUCUGUGCAAAUACGAUAUUUCAUGUACAAAAACUUCAUUAUUAAAAAACACACACAAAGACAUGUAACGCCAUCUAAUUUAAUCCAUGUUUAUAGAUUAAAGUUUCUAUGAGCAUCAAUUUACCUAAUUGUGAAAUUUUCAUCCAAAUUAACACUUUAAAAUCAACAUUUUGCCCUUUUUUUGAAAAUAAAUUUAUAUGUAGCGUCAAUGAUUGUUCGUUUAGACCGUGGCCUUCGACAAGGAACUGGUCAAUUCUUAGUGAAAUCCUAUAUAUAUAUAUCUAAUAUAUAACUCUCUAUUUUCUAUCCUAGUGCCUUACCCGGUGUAUUCACCUGCUGUAUUCGUGCCAUUGACUGGCACUAUUUACCUAAUAUUAUAUUCCAUCAUUCACUUUAAUAUUUUAUGCACUUGUUGAAUUUUAAUAUUUAAUGUAAAAUGCACAUCCAAAAUCGCUUUUGUAAUUAAGGAGAUAACACACGAGUGUUGACGCAAUUUCUGUCCAUUAACUAUAGUUUAUGUAACUUACGAUUCUAGAAUAAGUGUUAACAUAAGGAAAUAAUGUGAAAAAUAUCUUUACACAAUUUAUUUUGACGUUAAGUACUACUAGUACAUAAACAAUUUCGUAAAACUAAUUUAUUAUAAUAACACGAUUUACUUUAUAUAAAAGACUAUGCCAAAUUAUCUUACUUAUAAAAUUAAUGUGUAGGUGGCUAAAAUUAAAAUUAUGACCGAGAAAUGGCUAAGCUAAGAAAUAAAUUCUG